ACGUGCCUGUUAACUUGUAACACUUUCUAUAAAGUCACAGGGAGAGGAGGGAGGACUCAACAUUUAUCUGUGCAAACAGAUCUGGACGAGACUGUUUUACUGGAUAAGCAAAGGCUGGCACCACACACCGGAUUUUCUGCUUCCUGUUGGCACGAAGGGGUGUGUUCAUAAGAAAGAAGAGGCAGUUCAAGCAUAAGAAGCCUCACUUUGUGACCUGAAGAGUCCCCGUUAUUUUCUCCUGAAUUUCUUCUAACAGCAGCAGCAAAGAUGGAGCGGAUGGAGGAUGAGAAGCCGAAGAAGAAGGUGACCCCUUACCUUCUCUACUGUGUUUCAACAGCAGUCAUCGGCUCGCUACAGUUUGGCUACAACACUGGGGUCAUUAAUGCACCAGAGCAGAAACUGCGUGCAUUUUUCCGGAAUGUGUCUAUGGAACGGUACGGGGAGCCUUUCAGCCCAGGAACAAACACCAUGGUGUGGAGUUUUUCUGUGGCCAUCUUUAGUGUUGGAGGCAUGAUCGGGUCCUUCUCUGUUGGAGCCAUGGUCAACAAAUUUGGCAGGCGUAAGUCCAUGUUCCUAUCUAAUGUCCUUGCACUUAUUGGCGGUGGUCUGAUGGGGCUGUCGACCCUGAGUCAAUCUUUUGAGAUGAUCAUCGUCGGCCGGUUCGUCAUCGGUGUGUUCUGUGGUUUGUGCACGGGACUGACACCGAUGUACGUGGGCGAGAUCUCGCCAACCGCUGUCCGAGGAGCUUUCGGCACUCUGCACCAGCUGGGUGUAGUUAUUGGCAUCUUGGUGGCACAGGUCUUUGGUCUGGAGUCUCUGCUGGGCUCAGCCACUUUGUGGCCUCUGCUGCUGGCUCUGACCGCUGUGCCUGCCGUGGUGCAGACCAUCAUGUUGCCCUUCUGCCCUGAAAGCCCCCGCUACCUACUCAUUGUCCUCAACCAGGAGGAGGAGGCAAGAAAAGCACUGGUGCGCCUUCGUGGCUGUGAAGAUGUGAGUGACGAUAUACAAGAGAUGAAGGAAGAAGGGAUGAGGAUGAGUAUGGAAAAGAAAGUGACCAUCCCCGAACUCUUCCGCUCCCCAAAAUACCGUCAACCAAUCAUUAUCGCUAUCGUUCUCCAGCUCUCUCAACAGCUGUCUGGCAUCAACGCUGUCUUUUACUACUCCACAGGCAUAUUUGAUAGUGCUGGUGUAAGUCAACCCAUCUACGCCACUAUUGGAGCUGGAGUUGUCAACACUGUGUUUACUAUUGUCUCUCUCUUCCUAGUUGAAAGGGCGGGGCGAAGGACCUUGCACCUGAUUGGACUGGCUGGAAUGGCUGUUUGUGCCCUCACCAUGACAAUUGCUCUCUCGUUAGGGAAGACCAACCCGUCUCUAAGCUACCUGGCGAUUGUGGCUGUGUUCGGUUUUGUUGCCAGUUUUGAGAUGGGUCCAGGUCCCAUUCCCUGGUUCAUUGUGGCUGAGCUUUUCUCCCAGGGGCCCCGACCUGCUGCCAUGGCUGUCUCUGGUUUCUCCAACUGGACUGCCAACUUCCUGGUGGGGCUAGGUUUCCCUAAACUGGAGGAACUAUGUGGCCCAUACGUCUUCAUCAUCUUCACAGUCUUCCUCAUUGUGUUCUUCAUCUUCACCUUCCUGCGUGUGCCUGAAACCAAAGGAAGAACCUUUGAUGACAUUGCUCAGGGAUUCGCUGCCAGUGCGGAGAAACCCACCCAAUCCCCGGUGCCUGAGGCAGUGGUUGUCAGUCUGCCAGACAGCAAAGAACCUACACCUAUGUCGCCCACAGAAAAGGUUCCCAUGGUGGAUCUUCCCCCAGCGAAACCAUGAGAAUCUUUAGACAAAAGAAGGAGGCCUUAGCAUAUGAUGCAGAAAAACAGGUUCAAAGAACUUAGAUACUGUAAGGAGUUAUAUUUCAUAACUCACAAAUGAUAAAAGAGCAGUGAGUUUGUGUUUAGAAAAAGCCAACUCAGUGUAUUAAUGCAAAAACAAUGUUUUUAGCGUGCCUUUUUUAAAUAUAAUGCAGUGUUUUUUUAAAGAUUCCCAAGUUACAAAUGCUAAAACAAUUGACAGAAUUCCCUGUAAUCCUGCUUUAAACAUGGGCCAAACUUAAUUGAAUUACCAGACCUUAAUGUUUGUUGACAUUCGCAGUGCCAGCUCUGUACAUAUUGAUCCGUGUAAAAUGAUAAACAGAUGUUCAGUGUUAAGUCCCAGGUCUUCAGCUACCCCCAGUGUUAAAAGGUUGCAGGAUUUGGGAGGCUUUAUGUAUUGAGGUCAAGCCUGAAAAGCCGGUUUUGGAGUGCAGUAGUCUGACCCAAAAAAGGCUGACUCUCUGUCCUGUGUGCCUGCCUGAGGUGCCUUGCUGCCAGGGGAAAGGACCCAUGUUGUCUUGAGUAGACAGAAUAAACAGGGAGGAGGUGCUGCAGCGGUGUCUCUCUUCUUCUGGGUGCACAAAAAGCACUGACUAUAGAUUAAAAUAUAUAUAUUAAAGCAUUUUUAAGCAAGAUAUGUACAGCGUGAUGACGUCAUCAGAGAGUAGAAGAUAUUUGUCCCUGUGUAUAUUGUUUGAACACAGGAGUGCUUGUGCUGAUAAAGAAGUAACUUAAGAACAGUUCUGUAAAUUGGUGGCAUCUGCAUCACACAUAUUGUAUGCAUUGGAAUGUAGUCUAGCACUGCCAAGUCCUAACAGAGACCCUGUUUUAUGGUUUCACUGCAGGGUACAAUGAGGAUGACAGAAAAAUUACUGUAGUGCAGUCGUUUACAGAAUUGUGUUACAACAGUAGGAUACAAAAACUCAGGUGGCUAUUUCUGUUAUUGUAUAUGGCUUCUAACUGUUACAGCAGAGAAAAUGCAUUUAUCCAUCACUGUACUUGAAACUCUUUACUCAUCAGUACAAGACUGCAAGCUACUGCAUCACAGGUCAUGAAAUCAAAUAUCUCAGAAUCUCUAAAACAAUGUUACAUCACUUCAGAAGUGCUUUUCAGUGUUACACAGUCGUUUGAGGGAUGCAUUGUAACUCAUUCAAGUCUACUGAUAUCUCAGUCCGAACAACACAUUAGCCAUGUGAGACGGUGAUACUGAACAAAAACACUACAUUAAUUGUAUUUAUUUAAAUGGUUUACACACAAACCAUGUCUUGUCAUAUGUAUUUGUGUCCAGUUGUCUGAAAUCAUGUGUAUAUAUAGUAGAAUCUCCAGUUACUGCAUCAUGAUCAAGUAUUACAGCACAGUAUACAUGCUUAUAAAUGUUUUGUCAGUGUUUGUACAGUUGCAUCUUCUUUUGGAUAUGCGCACAUUCACAAGAAAGCACCUUUCAGCUUCUGAGCUUAGCAGCGUUUCGUUUGCACUUUGGCAGUCUGACUACUUUGUAAUGAAUGUUUUGUGUGUUUCUGUGUGGAUCUCUGUUAUAUGUAAAUAUACUUGUAUGUGUUAGGGUAUGCGUGCUUUUGGUUUUGUUACUGUAUUUGUCUUUCAUAAUCCUGUUACAUCAACUGGUUUUUCUGGCCCUCUGGAAACACUGUUACUAUGGUGAAUGCCAUGAUGUUGCUUCUCAGUUCUCAAUAUGCACAUCUUUAAUAUGUAUAUUUUGCUCUUUUGUUGUCUUUUCUUUGCGAAAAAACAGAAGUGACAGUGACAAAGGUUGAGUGCGUGUGUGGGAUAAGAGCCUUACUGUUUUUCGAUUAUAAUAUCCUCUGUUCUCCUGCUGUGAUAAUAUGAGUGACACUUGGUUUGAGAAACUAAAAAGGAAAUAAAGU